CUGGACCGGAGGUAGUGCCAGCUGUUCUGAGAUGAAGCUGCCAGGCCAGGAGGAGUUUGAUUCCUCCAGUGCUUGUGAAAAUAUGCCCAUGGGAGCAGUGGACAGUGAUACUGGCUCUGGUCCCAGUCCUCAUGGCCCCUCAAACACAGGCGACAGUGGGUCAGGGGUCACUAAGGAUCCACCACUCUUCAUUCAACUGAAUGAGCUGUUGGGCUGGCCUCAGGCUCUGGAGUGGAGACAGACAGGCAGAUGGGUGCUGUUUGAAGAGAAACUGGAGGUGGGUGCAGGCCGAUGGAGCGCACCCCAUGUGCCAACCCUGGUACUGCCCAGCCUCCAGAGGCUCCGCAGCCUUCUGACCCAGGGCCUUGUCUUGAUGGAUUGUGCAGCCCAGAGCCUCCUGGAGCUUGUGGAGCAGGUGACCAGAGUGGAGUCACUAAGCCCGGAGCUAAGAGGACAGCUGCAGGCUUUGCUGCUCCAGAGACCUCGGCAUGUCAUCCAGACCCCAGGCACCAGGCCCUGUCGGGGGUCUUCCCAUCCCAGAGAGGCUCCACACGAUGAGGAAGCCCCCCAGAAGGAGCAGUGUCAGAACCCCUUGCAAUGGAAGCUGUCUCCAGAAGCUGAGGCAGGGGUUGUGCUCGCCGGAGAGCUGGGCUUCCUGGAGCAGCCACUGGGGGCCUUUGUGCGGCUACAGGAGCCAGUGAUGCUGGGGACCCUCAUUGAGGUGUCCCUCCCCAGCAGGUUUUUCUGCCUCCUCCUUGGUCCCCCCACGCCAGGAAGGGGUUAUCAUGAAAUGGGCCGGGCAGUGGCUGUCCUCCUCAGUGACCAGAAAUUCCAGUGGUCGGUUCGUCGGGCCAGCAGCCUUGAUGACCUUCUGUCAGCCCUGGACGCCUUCCUAGAGGAGGUGAUAGUGCUUCCCCCAGGCCGUUGGGACCCAACAGCUCGGAUACCCCCACCUAAAUGUCUGCCCUCCACACAUAAAAGGCUCCCCUCGCAACUACCUGAGAUCAAGAGCAUCUCCACACUCUGUGGGGAGCCCGCAGAGGACCGGCACGGCCACGGGCCACUUAGCCCGGAGCUAAAGCGGAGUGGCAGGCUCUUUGGGGGCCUUGUGCAGGACCUACGUCGCAAAGCCUCGUGGUACCCCAGCGACUUCUUGGACGCCCUGCACCCCCAGUGUUUCUCGGCCGUGCUCUACAUCUACUUGGCCACCGUCACCAAUGCCAUCACCUUCGGGGGUCUGCUGGGAGAAGCCACCAACGGGGCCCAGGGGGUGCUGGAGAGCUUCCUGGGCACAGCGGUGGCUGGGGCUGCAUUCUGCCUCACGGCUGGCCAGCCCCUCACCAUCCUCAGCAGCACCGGGCCAGUACUGGUCUUCGAGCGCCUGCUCUUCUCCUUCUGCAGAGAUCACAGCCUGGAUUACCUGCCCUUCCGCCUGUGGGUGGGCAUCUGGGUGGCUGUCUUCUGUCUGGUGAUGGUGGCCACAGAGGCCAGCGUGCUGGUGCGCUACUUCACCCGCUUCACCGAGGAAGGCUUCUGUGCCCUCAUCAGCCUCAUCUUCAUCUAUGAUGCUGUGGGCAAAAUGCUGGGCUUGGCCCGCGCCUAUCCCAUCCAGAAGAUGGAGUCUCUCGCCUAUGGUUGCAUUUGCCAGUACCCAGACCCUGCAGGAAAUGAGUCUCAGUGGACAAGGUCAAAAGACAAAGAUGACAUCUUCAGCAUGGACCUAGGCCUGACCAAUGUCUCCUUGCUGCCCCCACCCGAGUGUGCCCGGCGGGGAGGCUACCCGCGUGGUCCCAGUUGCCACACCAUCCCUGACAUCACCUUCUUCUCCCUGCUCCUCUUCCUCACUUCCUUCCUCUUCGCCAUGGCCCUCAAACAUGUAAAGACCGGUCGCUUCUUCCCCUCUGUGGUGCGCAGGGUGCUCAGUGACUUUUCCUCGGUCCUGGCCAUCCUGCUGGGCUGUGGCCUCGAUGCCUUGCUGGGUCUUGCCACACCGAAGCUCAUGGUGCCCAGAGAAUUCAAGCCCACACUCCCUGGACGUGACUGGCUGGUGUCCCCUUUUGGAACCAACCCCUGGUGGCUGAGUGUGGCAGCUGGCCUGCCCGCCCUGUUGCUGUCUAUCCUCAUCUUCAUGGACCAACAGAUCACAGCGGUCAUCCUCAACCGUGCUGAAUACAGACUAAGGAAGGGUGCUGGCUUCCACCUCGACCUCUUCUGUGUGGCAGUGCUGACGUUGCUCACCUCCGUGCUUGGGCUGCCCUGGUACGUCUCCGCCACCGUCAUCUCCCUGGCCCAUAUGGACAGUCUGCGGAGAGAGAGCCGAGCCUGUGCCCCAGGAGAAUCCCCCAGCUUCCUGGGCAUCAGGGAGCAGAGGCUGACCGGCCUGGUGGUGUUCAUCCUCACAGGAGUCUCCAUCUUCCUUGCACCUGUGCUUAAGUUCAUACCAAUGCCUGUACUCUAUGGCAUCUUCCUGUACAUGGGGGUGGCAGCAAUGAGCAGUAUCCAGUUCACCAAGAGGGUGCAACUGUUAAUGAUGCCAGCAAAACACCAGCCAGACCUCCUGCUCUUGCGCCAUGUGCCCCUGAAGAGAGUCCACCUCUUCACUGCCAUCCAGCUUGCCUGCCUGGGGCUGCUUUGGAUAAUCAAGUCUACCCCAGCUGCCAUCAUCUUCCCCCUCAUGUUGCUGGGCCUAGUGGGGGUCCGAAAGGCUUUGGAGUGGGUCUUCUCACCACAGGAACUCCUCUGGCUGGAUGAACUGAUUCCGAAGGAGAGAAGUAUCCCUGAGAAGGGGCUGGAGCCAGAAUACACAUUUGGUGAAGAUGACAGUGAAGAUUCAGAACUGAUGUAUCAGCCCAAAAGUCCAGAAAUCAACAUCUCUGUGAAUUAACUGGAGUAGGCACCUGGGAGUGGAGACUCUAGCUGAAUGAGCGUGAGGGUAUCUAGGUUUGGCUCCCUGCAGCACUGAGGUCUGGACAGUAGAGGGGGCUCAAGCUCAUGCCAAAUGAUGUGGCUGCAGGGACCGGAACGCAGAGGAGGAGAAAGGGUCAGACUGAGGCUGCUGCCUUUCUCCUCAGCCCUCACUGGAAGACUCCACACUUAACUGCUGACAAUCUUGCUUGGACAAAUGGGGGGGGGGGGCGCUGCCACUUGCUGUCUGAUGUUUCCUUCACUUUAUUCAUCUAUUUAUUAAAAACUAAAAAAAAAAAUCUUUGAGUC